CUUCCCGAUCGACUUCGUUGCGGGAUCGGUGUAGGGAACCACCGAAAAGUGGCUUCAUGACACUGCUGUCCGAUUUGUUGGCUUAAAUGAUUUUGAUCUCUCGGCGGUUAAAGUUAAUCGUGUGUGAGCUGUGAAGCGUGAUACCUCUGUUCUGCAUUAAGUAUACCCUUAAAAAAAUGAUGCUUCGGUAUUCAACCGUUGCUGCCGUGGUGGCACUGAUGAUUUCAGCGACGUAUGCACAGGACGAUCUGGAUUCACUGUUCGAGUCGGUUUUCAACAAUCCAGAUAACAACAACAACAAUAACCCAUCUGCGGUGACGUCAGCUCCACCACCUCCCGUAGCUCCGCCACAAGCGCCAGUACAGGCGGCAGGACCAGCCCCAGCUGGACCAGUUUAUACCUGCAAAGGAACCUGCGUUCCGUACUAUCUGUGCAAUGAUAAUCAAAUUAUCACCGACGGAACGGGGAUCAUCGAUAUUCGUGUUGGCGAGGACACAAAUGUUGAAAACGAAUGCGCCAACUAUCUGGACACCUGUUGCGAGAAGGAACAAGUACUGGUGGAGCCCCCUCCAACAUACACUCCAGCGCCACCGGUAGUGACCAGCAAAGUCUCGUGUGGUCUCCGCAAUGCCGAUGGGCUUGGUUUCCGAAUCACCGGCAACAAGAACGGUGAGUCGGAGUACGGUGAAUUCCCCUGGAUGGUCGCCGUGCUGCGCGAGGAUAAAGUGAUGGAUUCUACGCUGAAUGUUUACGAGUGCGGUGGUUCGCUGAUUGCGCCCAACGUUAUUCUCACCGCUGCUCACUGCGUUGCCAACAAACAGCAGGACACUUUGCUGGUUCGCGCCGGCGAAUGGGACACUCAAACUAGGAACGAACUGUAUCCGCAUAGUGAUCGACGCGUGCGUGAAGUUAUUAUCCAUGAACGUUUCAACAAGGGAGCCCUGUUCAACGAUGUGGCACUGCUGAUCCUGGAUCAGCCAUUCGAGUUCGCUGAAAACAUUCAGCCCGUUUGCUUGCCGCCAAGGAACCAUAUCUUCGAUAACAACAGAUGUUUCGCCUCAGGAUGGGGUAAGAAUAUUUUCGGAAAGGAAGGAAAGUACCAAGUUAUCUUGAAGAAGGUUGAACUACCGGUUGUUCCCCAUCAGUCAUGCCAGUCAUCUAUGCGUACCACCAGAUUGGGACUGCGUUUCAUUCUGGAUAAAAGCUUCGUUUGCGCAGGAGGUGAAGUCGGGCAAGAUACUUGCCGUGGCGAUGGAGGAUCGCCACUUGUGUGUCCGAUUCCCGGAAACCCUACUCACUACUAUCAAGCUGGUAUUGUUGCUUGGGGUAUCGGCUGCGGUGAAAAGGGAAUUCCUGGAGUGUACGCCAACGUAGCAGGUUUCCGAGACUGGAUUGAUCAACAAUUAUCUCAACGUCACGUCGAAGCAAAACAUUACACGUACGCGUAAAACAUACGGCUUCAUUCGAUAUUUUUCCGACAUUGUUAGUAGUGUAAUAAACAUCAGUGAUCGAAAGUUGAA